AUGGCGAGUAUCAACAUAAGACGCGCCGGCUGGUUAGAUCGAAUGGUGGAAUACCAGAAGAAUAAGUUUUUUGAUGAUCUAAAAAAAUUGCCCGUAGUUCAAAUAAAAGCGAAAAUCGAACAAGCACCUUACGGGUACGCAGACUCUCAAGAUUGGGAUUAUGAAUCGGUAGUUCGCCUGAUUACUCUGAUCAGAGACAGUGAUGGUGCGAAGUCCGUGAGACAGGCUCUCCGCCGGUCUAUGCAAUCGAACCGUCGAUUUAUGUCUGUUGUCCAAAGUUUAAAAGCAUUCCCUAGUUUGGCGAAGGACCACGAUAACCAUUUCUAUUAUGACAUGGACGCGGGAGAAUAUUACGCAGAUGCAAAGUAUGAUACCUUUGAUGAUAAAACGGAAGAAGAUCGAAUUAUCGUUGUGAGCAACCCAGUGGAAGCGAGACUGCCCAGCGCCAGCAUCAGCGUUAAGCUACUUAAAUCCAUUUUAGAAAAUAGAGCUGAAGCGGGUCGCCACAUGUCAACUACGAAGAAAAAAAUACCCUGGUCAACGACGAGUAAGAAAUCUAAAGCAUCUAAUUCGGACUCACCCAAAGAUGAUAAUUCAAGUUCAGCUCCCUCGGUUGCACCAACUUUGGCACCAGAUAUAUCUGAGAGUAAUGUCAGUUCAGCAACGACCAAUCAACCGGAAGUGAAAACUACUGGUUAA